AUGACGCCCUUUCCAAAUAUGGACGACACUUUGACCACAGAGUCCAACUUUUCCACGGACCGAAUUUCGGUUUCUUCCUUGUCAGAUACAAGCGCAACUUUCACUACAACGUCGGCGUACACUCCUUCAUCUUGCUCUGCCCCUAUCAAGUCCGAACCCCUAAUCACAGAUCAACACGAAGUAACACAGUCUCAUCUGUUUAAUUACCCCAUAGGGAACUCUCUCCAAACCCGGACUUUAAUAGCUGGCGGAGAAGUGAAAAUAUCGGCACUAUCCGACGACCGAGGUGACGGAAAGAUACACCGAAAACGUCGCAUCGGAAAGAGGAGUGACCCUACUGGUCAAUGUUCGCGAGAAUCCGCGCGACAUCCUCGUAAAAGGUCAUACCAGAAUUUCGAGGAACUACAGAAUCAAAGGAUUCUAGCUAACGUUCGAGAACGUCAGAGAACCCAGAAUUUGAACGAAGCCUUUGCUGCCCUCAGGAAAAUCAUUCCAACACUACCUUCUGAUAAACUGAGUAAAAUCCAGACUCUCAAACUAGCGGCUAGAUACAUCGACUUCCUUUACCAAGUCUUAAAAAAUGAUGACCGGGAUGGAAAACUGGCUAGUCCCUGCAGCUACGUGGCCCACGAGCGCCUCAGCUAUGCCUUCUCCGUUUGGAGGAUGGAGGGUGCCUUGUCGGGACAUUAG